UUUAUCACCAGUAAAAGCGAAACAUUGCUUCAUGAUAAAGCUGACCGUUUUGUCAUCGGAUUAGAAAGGAAAGUAGGUGAAGAGUUUAAAUGGACCGAUGGCACACCUCUUGAUUAUUCUAAUCUGGUACCAACUACGUCGUUAGGGAACCAAAGGAACAAAAUGUGUGUGUACAUGGAUGCCUAUGACUGUUUCCAAUGGAAGACGUACGAUUGUAACCCACAGAGGAGAGCCGUCAUCUGCCAGUAUGACAUAAAUGAAUGCCUAAGUUCACACCAUGGAUGCUCUUAUCAGUGCAGAAACACACCAGGUAGUUAUUACUGCUCAUGUCAGCCUGGAUUCAGAAGAGAUGCUAGGAAUGAUUGCAUAGAUAUAUGUAGCACAACCAAUGCUUCUGCAGUCAAUCUAACUGGGAAUGCCGGUCUGUGUAUCGGACAUACUAUCGGAGAAAACUCGAAUUGGAAUGAGGCAAACCAACAAUGUCGCAUGCUGAACAAACACCUUCCGGGGGACCGAAUGGUCAUCGGUCAUCAUGCAUUGAUCACAUAUUUACAGGAACAAGCGGCCAACAUUUCAAGCUGGCCGUUCAUUUGGCUGCAGAACAAGACAACCGGAGUGAAUCCGCUAUGCCACGUUGCCAAUUUGACGAAUGGUGUACAGAUCAUCCAGGUUCCUUGCAGCCGAAUGUACUCGUUUCUUUGUGUAACAGAAUAUGAAGUGCUGAAUCUGAAUGACCUAUGGGAAGCCAAUAGACCGAGCAAUGAACGGUCUCCGAUUGAGCAAGUGAUCACUUCUUCCUAUGGAUUUAUUGAAUUCUUUGGUUACGCACCCUGGUUUGGAACCGACAAUGCAACAACUACAACGAUCAAUAUCAUCACCAAGAGAGCCAACACAAGCAUCAGACUGACAUUCCACCACAUACUAUUGCGACAAAGUGAAGAUGCAUGCAUCGAUAAGCUUGAAAUCAAUCUGGGUGCGAGCAGAGGAAACUGGAGUCUGAUAUGCGGUGAGGUUGAAGAGGAACUUGUUCUGAUUCCCAAUGGUAACAUGGUGGAGAUGUUGAUCCGACUCGGUGAGAUACAAAGCGACAUGAUCAACGAGAUUGGAUUCAGUCUAACUUAUGAAGCGAUCGAUUGCACCUACGAAACCUGUUCUACGGGCUGUGGGAUCGGGACUACAUUAAUAGCCUCGGAUGACAUGAUUCAGACUUCACCGUUCCCAUCCCAGUUUCAGCCAUACAGCUAUUGUUUUUACGAUAUUACUCCGCCAUCUGAUGACAAUCGGACCCUUUAUGUAGUUCUGGAAUUUGUAGAGUACCUCAUGAAGCGUAACGGGAGGUUCUGUGAGGACUCCGUGACGCUUGAGGGCACGUCAUCGUUCAGCCCUUCUGAUACGGAACGGGUCUUCCAUUGUGACGUCACUACACCCCUUCAAGUCACAUCGUGGAAUUGGAUGAGAGUGACUGUGAAGACUGGGCUGCAGUCGAUUUCCGAAGGAUUCAAGGCAAUGUAUCGCUUUUCAGAGAAGCCUGGGUGUAGUGUCGGAAACAUUCUAGACCCAGGACCUGCCGGACGCUCUGUGUUUGAGGUCGAAUGCAGGGAGCCGUCAGGUGUACUCGCCUCGGUGAACUACCCAUCCUAUGACAGCGCCGCGAAUAGUUGGGCCAUCACCACCGGAAGGGAUACCUACAUCGUGGUCAACAAUAUCAUUUUAGAGCUAAAAGAGAGUGAAAGCCAUGUGCAAUCAAAAAUAGAACCUGAUCGAUGCCGAAGUUUCCUGAGGAUCAGUGAGAAGAAUGAUCUCGGUGAUAUGGAGGAAACCGAGUAUUGUCCGAUCAUUCACCCGAUGAAAGCGGAACUGGAAACCAGAAAAAAUCGUCUGGAUAUCAGUAUGCAUCUUGACGUUGGAGAUCGGGGAAAAUUCUAUGCAGAAUAUCAAAGUCGUCAUUUUCCAGGCGUUACAGACAAAUCUCAAUCAGGUUAUAUUUGCCAAGAAGGCUGGGAUAGAUACUUAAAUUUCUGUUACCAGAUGAUCUCAGCCGAAACGAAAGUCACGUGGCAUGAGGCAGAAGAGGCGUGUCAAGAUAAAGGGGAGGGGUCACAUCUCGUCAGUAUCAAGGGAACAGGUGCAAUGGACUUCGUUCAUCACAAGCUAACCUCUGAUUGGCUGUUGGAGGAGGAAUAUAACUGGGUAUAUAUAGGUCUUAAGCGCGUCGACGAUGAAGGCAAAUUUCGUUGGUCGGACGGUUCUCCAAUGUCCUUUACUUCAUGGUAUAGAUCUACGUCGGACGAAAUACAUAGCCAACCCGAUGGCAGUGAACUAGAAGAGUGCACCAUGAUUAUGAUGACACGGAUCAAUUCCGUUGCCCAGUGGCAUGAUGUGACCUGCUCCCGACCUAGCACCAGACAUUACAUUUGCAAGCAGCCGGCAGUCAAUAAUGUGACAGGUGAAGUUUUUCACACGGAUAAUCACACAGUAGUUUACAAUAAGCCAGAUGAAGAUACAACUUGUCCACCAUCACUUUAUAUGUGCACAGAUGGGGAGUACUUUAUCCAACGAAUUUUCGUUUGCGAUGGCAUCGACCACUGCUAUGACGGGUCGGAUGAAUUGGAUUGUAAAGCACAUAAUGAUGAUGAUGAAUGUCCGAAAGAUUUCUUCAGGUGCACAGAAGGAGAGUGUAUAUCGACUUCGUUCCUGUGUGAUAACAUAAAUCAUUGUGAAGACAACUCGGAUGAACUGGGAUGCCACUACGCGCCAUGCCGUGAGGAUGAAGUACCUUGUGCGUUUGAUCCUUAUAUAUGUAUCGCGAGCACCAAAAUGUGUGAUCUGAUAAAGGACUGCCCUGAUGGAACAGAUGAGACUGACUGUGACGAGGAGUCUUCUUUAUUCCCAUGUUACUCAGGGAGAAUGUUACCAAAUAGCGCCCUCUGUGAUGGGACGGUUGAUUGCAUUGGAAGCUCAUACGAAGAUGAAUUAAAAUGCGAUUACAACGAGCCAAAUUAUACUUGCGAUCCGGAAACAGAACUUCAAUGCGACAAUGGAAAGUGCGUUGACCUGAGCACGAAAUGUCUAUAUGACGUGGACAGGUUGGGGUUCAUCAUUGGAUGCCGUGAUGUGUCCCAUCUUCGCGAUUGUUCGGACUUUGUUUGCCCUCCAUAUACCUUCGGAUGUCCGCUAUCGUAUUGCAUUCCAUUGCGCAUGCGCUGUAAUGGAAUCAAAGAUUGCCCUAACGGCCAGGACGAGUUGGAAUGUGAUCAAGAUCAAUACAAAUGUCCGAAUUCGAGCUAUGCUUGUCAGCAGCUAUCCGGAGACGUGAUUGAAGGCCAGAGAAUAUGCCUUGCCCCUGAUCAGAUAUGUGAUGGUCAGACGCAGUGCCCCCAAGGAGAUGACGAAUUGUACUGUGAUUUUACCUGCCCAAUCAAUUGUACAUGUUUCGGUUUAUCAGUCACGUGUGAAAGACCCUCGUGGAAAAGCCAAAACCCACCAGUCCUUCACAGAGAUGUACGCAUACUACGCAUUUCUGACGUACCACUUGUUCUGGAACCUACUGAUGAGGGCACUCUUUACCAAAAUGACAAUCGAACAGAGUCGAACGAAGACGAGCCUAUCUCUAUAUCGCUGACUAACCUGCCUUAUCUUGCUGAAUUGGAGCUGACAUCUACUGGAAUCAAACGUCUUACUCCGGGAAUUUUCCUAAACAAUACCAAUCUUUAUAAGAUGAAUCUCUCGGGGAAUGAGUUAGAUGAUAUUGUGGCUGGGGCUCUGUUUCCUCUGAAAAGUUUGAGAAAUUUAGACAUCACCCAUACCUCAGUGGAUGCUGGACCUAAAAACAAAGAUCUCUUCAUGGGAGUUAACAAUACACUGACAGAAUUGCACGUUGAUAAUUUUGUAUUCUGCUGCUUACUCGAUUCAAACGUCCAUUGCCACACAGAGAAAGACCGCUUUUCCUCGUGUGAUAACCUACUCAACAAUGAACUGCUUCGCAUCCUGAUGUGGGUGUUGGGUAUCAGUGCUCUGAUAGGAAACACCUUCGUGGUCUCCUAUCGCAUCCUCCAACGCAAGCGAGUGGAGAAUAGCCAGGUCCAGUCCCACUUGAUUUCAAAUCUGGCGGUUUCCGACCUGAUGAUGGGAGUCUACAUGAUGAUCAUUGCCGCCACAGACGAGACUUACCGUGGACAGUACUACCUACACUCUGAGUCGUGGAGAAGCAGUGUCCUCUGCAAGACCGCAGGGUUCUUAUCGAUGCUCUCCAGCGAGGUCUCUGUUUUCCUUGUCAUGAUCAUUAGCUUGGAUCGGCUCUUCUGCGUCGUCUUUCCCUUCAGGCAGAGGCUUCACCUAACACCACAGAAGGCGCUGGUCCUCAUCGUCGCGACCUGGAUCUUUUCGUUCCUACUCAGUCUAGUUCCACUCCUGGUGCCAGACUAUGCUGGGCAUUUCUACGGGCAGUCCAGCGUCUGCCUUGCCAUUCCCCUCACACCGGAAACAGAACCUGGAUGGGAGUACUCUGUCUUUAUCUUCUUGGGAAUUAAUUUCUUCAGCUUCAUGGUGACGCUCAUCUGCUAUGUCGUCAUUUUCGCUGAGGUGUACAUGUCGUCCGCACGAAUGGCCGGUCGGAAGCAGCAAACAUCACAUAGCAGACGGCUGAACGGUCAGAUCAAAUUAGCGUCCAAGAUGGCGCUUAUUGUAGGCACAGAUUUCUGCUGUUGGAUGCCUGUUAUUAUCAUGGGAAUUCUCGCGAAAACCGGUGCUGCCGAAAUUCCUGCCGACAUGUAUGCCUGGUCAGCUGUAGUUCUUCUCCCCAUCAACUCCGCUAUUAACCCUUACCUCUACACUCUUUCAAGCCUUCAGCAGCGCAGGAAACAGAGACUAAGAACCAAGGCAUUGGCAACGAAUAUGAGCAUGCAAGAUGUCAAUACGAAAACUGAGAUCUCCAUUGAUGAUAAUUUGGACAACAGCAUUUCGGAAGAACCUUGUCAAGUAAAAAUCAACCCUCUGUAUGCCAGCCUGGCCAAACACUGCAUACUGACUCCUUUCACCCACCUCGGUAGAACCACCCAUAUCCAGACCUUGACAGAGUACAUCAAUCAACGUGGGACGAUGCCUUCCAUGGUGGACAGCGCCCUCAUACGACGGGAUAUCUCCAAGGCAUUGUCAUACCUGAAGUCCAAGGGGGUGGUGGACAUGGAGCCAGGAGAAGAAAAGAUUGCAGUGCAGCUGAGCUCUGGAGGUGACGUCCGCCAGGCCUUCUUUGUUGUCUACAACGCCAAGGACGUGCAGCGGUUGCUGCAACCAGGCAGUAAAUCCUCGAACCUCAACAACCACCUGUCUGAUCAGAGAGAGUAUGUGAAGACCAUGUUGGAGGACCUGCGGGAGAAGGACGAGAAUCUUAAACCCAAGGAUGACAAUCUUAAAGCAUCCAAAGUUGGAUAUUAGCCCUAUGGUGUCAAUGAGUCAUGUACUUCUGUCUUAAUCAGAGUUCAUUUUAAUCCGAUCAGUCACAACUAUGGAAAGCCAACGCUGCCAACAACUAAUAUACAGAUUUUCAUUCAAAGUGUUCAAACUAAAUCUUAACUAUGAUAUAAAGUCGUAUUGAUUGUAAAGAAGCGAAACAUUGAGCAACAAUUUGCUGAAAGGAAGGUGAUAGUAGAUUGCAAUGGUAAAUUUUUAUUUCAGUUAGUUAUGAUGUAGAGGAUCAACCCAUUUUCUCUGAAGGUUUGUAUACCAUCCAGUGGUGACACCAUACGUAGACCAUUCCAUGAUUUGCAAGUAUAGUGAGAAAAAAAGAAAUGAUUAUAAAAGAGGAAAAAAACAGAUGGAGGAAGAAUGGAGAGUAUAGGCCCUAUAAAAACGAGCGGUCUGUGUUGUUUUGAUCUGUGGUAUCUUUUUUUUUCCAAUUAUUUUUCAACACUGAAAGCAUUAUCUUUUAUUGAUGAAGAUUCAUCUUUAUUACUUGACACUUAAUGGCUGAAGAUUUUUACACAAUGUAUUAAAUACAUUAGUUGUUGUUGCACUCAAUAAAACUUUUACUAGAUCAUUUGUUACGAGUACCGAGUUUUUCAAUGAUGAAAAGGUCCUUCCGCCUAGGACAUAGAGUAUUUUCUAAACUGUUCUUGCUUCUCUUCAAGCCACUUAAAAAGCAUAAAGCGGUAAUUUAUAUGUUAAUGGAACUUACGAGGGAUUAUGUUUUGAUAUUUUCGUGGCUAAUCGCCCUUGACCAAUGUGAAAAUCAUUUGCCUGGCGCUAGGAAAAGAUACAAAUGUGUCUUUUUUUAAACAAAUAUCUUACUGAAUUCGCUUGCAUACUUUCACCCAUUCCAUUGGUACUAGCGCCACGCUUUGUUACAGCAUAUAUUUAUGUAAAUUGCACUUUUGUGGUUGGUUCAAAUCUGUAACGCUAUAGUUAUACAGGUGAAUCCGAUCCCAUUUCGACACACAUUUUAUCGAACGGUAUAUACAUGGGUCGGUUUGGGGUAAGUUUCGUUGUCGUGACUAUUGAUUUACAUUUCAUUUUUACGUUACGUGUGUUGGCAAAGGCCCCAAAAGUAAUCUGAUGAAUAAUAUUUUUGUUAUCAGGGCAUAUUAUUUUGUCGCAGUGAAUCUGUUUUUUCUUGUUUAGCUUAUUCCAUUAUUGUGCAUUUCUUUCAGAAAAGUAAUGGACAGAAAUUAUUUCUUUUGCCUAGCCAAUGGUAUAGACCAAGUCUUUCAGAAUUUCACCUUGCUUUAAAUGUGCUGUAUUUCUAUUACGAUGAA